AUGGAGGAAAAGAACAAGGCAAAAGUUUUGGACAAGAAAGUCCCGAAGCAUGUGAGGGAAAUUCAAGAAAAGCUGGCAAAACUGAAGGAGAUUGAAGAAAGAAAGAAAAGGGAAGAGGAGGAGAAGUUGAAGAAAGAAGAAGAGGAGAGGCUGAGACAGGAGGAAUUGGAAAGAAUUGAAGAAGAAAAGAAGAGGCUAAAGAAGGAGAGGAAAAAGGAGAAAAUGUUGAAGAAGAAACAGGAAGGGAAGUUGUUAACAAGAAAGCAGAAAGAAGAAGCUCGGAGAUUGGAAUCAAUGAGGAAUCAGUUUCUUGCCAAUGCUGAUGAGGGCCUCUUGCUUUCGUCUGAAGGGAAUGCAAAAAGGCCCGUGUGUCAAACCAAAAACCCGAAGCUUAAAAUUUCUAGCUUAGAAAAUCAGGGUACUGAAGCUAUGAAGGAGAACGAAGAUGAAGAUGAUCAAGAUCAAAAAUCGGAUGCCAAAAGUUGGGAUGAUUUUGAACUUGAUGGUACACAGGAUGCAAAAAGGCCUGUGUAUCAAACCAAAAACCCAAAGCCAAACAUUUCUAGCUCAGAAAAUCAGGAUACUGAAGUUGAGAAGGAGAAUGCAGAUGAAGGUGAUCAAGAUCAAGAAUGGGAUGCCAAAAAUUGGGAUGAUUUUGACCUUGAUGGUGUAGAGCAUGAUGCCAAGCCUGAGGCUGAGGGUGUAGAGGAAUUUGGGCCGCGAGCAAAUUCUGUUGAAGAGGAAGCUCCGGAGUCAAAUUCUCUGCUGCCUGUCCCCUGCAGCCAGGAUGUAAGUAAUGGCCUUCGGUCGCCUAUUUGUUGCAUUCUGGGGCAUGUGGAUAGUGGAAAGACCAAGUUACUUGACUGCAUCCGGAGUACUAAAGUUCAAGAAGGCGAAGCUGGGGGUAUUACUCAACAAAUUGGUGCAACAUUCUUCCCAGUCCAGAAUAUUCGCAAGCGAACCAAGGAAUUAAAAGCUGAUGCAAAGCUGAAUGUGCCCGGUUUGCUGGUUAUUGACACUCCUGGACAUGAGUCUUUUGCCAAUUUGAGGUCUCGUGGAUCAGGUCUAUGUGACAUUGCAAUCCUGGUUGUGGAUAUUAUGCAUGGGUUGGAGCCACUGACCAUCGAAUCACUGAGCCUUUUGAAGAUGAGGGGCACAGAAUUUAUUGUGGCCCUGAACAAGGUGGACAGAUUGUAUGGAUGGAAAAUUUGCCCCAAUGCACCCAUUUUGAAGGCAAUGAAGCAACAGUCUAAAGAUGUUCACAUUGAAUUUGGGAAUAGGCUGAAUCAGGUUAUCGCACAAUUCAAGGAGCAAGGAUUGAACACUGAAUUGUACUAUAAGAACAAAGAGAUGGGGGAGACUUUCAGCAUUGUGCCUACUAGUGCAAUUACUGGUGAAGGGAUCCCUGACUUGUUACUGUUAUUGGUGCAAUGGGCUCAAAAGACAAUGAUUGAGAAGCUUACUUAUCAGAACCAGGUUCAGGGUAUUAUUUUAGAGGUAAAGGUUGUCGAAGGAUAUGGAACAACCAUUGAUGUGGUCUUGGUUAAUGGUGUCCUUCGUGAAGGGGAUCGAAUAGUUGUUUGUGGCAUGAAAGGUCCUAUACUUACCAAUAUUCGAGCCAUACUGACACCGCAUCCGAUGAAAGAGCUCCGGGUGAAGGGAGUUUUUGUGCAUCACAAAGAAAUCAAGGCUGCACAGGGUAUUAAGAUUGCUGCACAGGGUCUUAAACAUGCUAUUGCUGGCACUGAGAUGCAUGUUCUGGGGCCAGAUGAUGAUUUAGAAUAUGUUAAGGAAGCAGCAAUGGAGGAUAUGAGAUAUGUCAUGAACAGGAUUGGUACCAGUAGUGUGGGAGUGCAUGUUCAAGCUUCUACUCUUGGAUCACUGGAAGCACUGCUGGAAUUCUUGAAGACUCCAGGAGUGAAUGUACCUGUAUCGAAUAUAGGAGUGGGUCCUGUACAUGAGAGAGAUGUCAGGAAGGUGAGUGUCAUGAUAGAGAGGAAAAAAGAGUAUGCUACAGUCUUGGCCUUUGAUGUUGUGGUCAAGCCAAAGGUUCAGGAACUUGCUCAAAAACUUGGGGUCAAGAUAUUGCGUGGGGAUAUUAUCUAUCACUUGGUUGAUCAGUUUAAGGCCAUUACAGGCUGUCUCAAUGAGGAGAAGAAGAAGGCAGAUGCUGAUGAUGCAAUAUUCCCUUGUCGUCUUAAACCUGUACUGAAGUAUGUGUUCAACAAGAAAGAUCCCAUUGUACUGGGGGUGGAAGUUGUUGAAGGUACUGUGAAGGUUGGAACUCCAAUAUGUGUUGCAGGAAAGGAGCUUACUGAUGUUGGUCGGAUUGCAUCCAUUGAGAACAACAAAAAACCAGUCGACUAUGCCAAGGAAGGCCAAAUGGUGGCCAUUAAGAUAGUUGGCAGUAAUCCUGGGGAGCGACAGAAAAUGCUUGGAAGGCAUUUUGAGAUUGAAGAUGAGCUUGUCAGCCAUAUCUCAAGGAGGUCAAUCGAUAUCCUAAAAGCCAACUAUAGGGAAAGUAUGUCUUCAAAAGAUUGGUGCUUGGUUAAAAAGCUGAAAAUUCUUUUCAAGAUAAAAUGA